AUGUCUCAAUCAAGCGGCGAUUUGUUCGAUCCGCGCGCCGUUCCGGAGCCCGAGGAGCUGCCGUUCCCGGACCCGGACGGCCCACCAAACUUCAUACCCGACAUCGGCUACAACCUGAACAUGCUGGCCACGGCAGCAAUUGAACAAGAACACUCGGCGGCGCAGCCGGCCGUCGCAGCAAAACGCCCUUGCCUGCUAUCCGAUCGCCCCGAAGAAGUGGUCGAGGCAGUCGCCCGGCUUCUGCCCGACUUCAACUUUGGGCAGCCGGUGGAAGCCAAGCCGAUAGAAUUCGACAUCCCGAUCAGCACCGUCUUUUUGGCUUUCUUCCGCUACGCAGGGGAGCUGAACAAGGUCACGGUGCACUUUGAGAAGGCGAACAUCUCGCUCAAGUUUCUGUCGACCGGCCAGGAAGUAUCGAUGAAAUUGGACCGUUCCGUGACACUUGCCGUCUGCGGCCCCGUCGCGUUCCCGGACGACCCAAACAAACAGGCGUGUUUCUACAUCACUGACGGCGACUGGCAGCUCGUGUUCGUCCGAAGAUUCGAGGGCCUCAAGUUCAUGAAGGAGGAAGUGAUGCAGAACCUCGCGUCAACGAAAGCUAACAUCGAUACUGGCGACAUCCCGGAAAGCACGGCGUGGGAAAUCGCAGAGGACUACACGACGCUGACGGCAACAAAGAAAGUCGCCGAGGAUAUCAUCGCCCUCUCGGACGACGACGACGUCAUGAUUGCGCCAGAGGCCGCCAAGGAGAGUACACCGCAGAGCUCGCAGAAGCCGUUCCGCUACCCAGUGGUUACCAUCCAAUACCCGGGCGGGAAAGCGAAGAAGCACGAGGCCGACUUCAUCACGAACCUGAUUCAAGAACGAUACAGCGACUCCCAGGCCAUCACGCCGUUGAUGGAGCACCACUUUACUGUUGGGAGCGCGCACACGCUAGGCUUCAUCAACUCGUUCGACUUCGAGAACAUGUGCUCGAUCGCCAACGACAGCGAAUUCAAGAGGAUACGCUGCGCUGCGGAUGUCGCCAAUAUGACUCCACGCCUGCGUGAGAAGAUCGAGAAGUCCAUCCCACUGCGCCGUCUGCUCACCGACGACGCCAAUGAGUACACGGCGGUCGUCGUGUUCUGCGACGGCAAGCACUGGUACUUGAUGAUUGUCGCGCGACUGGCCCGCUGGCUCAAGGCCUCCUACCGCGGGAUGAUGGAGAUGCCCCCGCCGAUGAUCUACAUGUUCGACUCGCUGCUCCAAGACACGAAGCUGCUAAACGGCAACACGAACUACAUCAGCGUGCCGAACAUCCACGAAGCGCUUCUGAAGAAAAAACUCUUCCCGCUGCUGAAGGUGGCCGACCAACUAUACGGAAGCCAGAAGCUCUUCGCGAUGCCGUGCGACAUCAGGUCGCGCGAUGUCUACGAAAUGUUCGGCCAGCUCAACACGUCCGACUGCGGCGCGUUCGCAAUGCUCUUCGCGGAGGCCAUUGCGAACGGUGAGCUCAUCGAAAACAAGACCACUCCCGGAAAAGAUCUCUUCAAAUGGAGCUGGGCAAGCGAGGACGCCAUCCAGCGCCUCGGAAUCAAGUACGACUCGGCCACGAUGACCGUUGCGGAUAUGAUGCCAUACCGCCGCCACUGCUACGAUCUCCUCAAGCAAUACGUAGUAGAGGGAGUGGAGCACCUCGAGGAAGCGGAACGGCGACUGGCCGCAGGGCAGUCGGCCUUCGAAGGCGAGCCGCCGGCCAAAGGGGACCCGCCAAGUCGCAGUGGAAGCAGCAUCCGACUCUCCGAAGUGUUCUCCGUC